CGAUUUUGAGGGCACUUCACUGCUUGAUUCUUUCUAAGAUUUAUCUCGGCAUAUUUUUUUCUUAACAAAGAAACAGAGGAGAAUGGGCAUGGAGGAUUUCAAGAAAGUUGUCGCGGUUGUUCUAGCUGUCUUCUCGGUAGCAACAGCUCUUCCCGAGUUUCACAGAUUUGAAACUCACUAUGGACAAAAUACCAUUGCAGUUGAGAAAGUUGAAAUUGACAGGGACGAACAGUAUGCCAUUGUCACCGUGACUGCACUUUCAGGAACAAUCAUACCUACAGUCAAUUUCCACGACUUUGCUGCAGGCUACACUGCGAUUAAAGACGACAAGCGUGAGAGAUGUUACAUACUUAAGACGGCACAUACACUAGAAGAAAUGAUGAACAAUUUUAAGCAAUCAGUAGAGAGGAACGGAUUCUUUCAAAUCACACAAGAGUUUACGUGCAAAUCAAAAGAAUUCAUCCCAAAUGAAGAGCUUUCUGAGCGUUACGGAGACAGAAUUGCCAAUUUCUGUGAUGAUUACGAAGUAGUGUAUAGCACUCAGAAAUACCUGAAGAAAGCCAAGAGAUCAGUAAAAAUGUUAUCAGGUGGUGCCAUGAUUUGUGGCAUUUGCCUCUCGCUAUGGUGUGGCUAACAGAAUUCGAAAGAAGCCUUAUGAUGGCGUGUUUUACACAAAACAGGCGUCCAAGGAAAUCAAACGUACUUUUCAACAAAAGAUGAUUCCAGAUAUUUAUAAUAGAAAUAUUUAAAAGGACAUGUGAAGCAUAAAAUUAAAAUCAACGAAAAGAGCUGAAAAAACAUUCAUGUAAUUCGUUAAAAAUUCAAUAACCUGUGUGCAAUUACUUUAAUAAAUGUUUUUGGUCAUAAA